UAUAACUCACGUUUUUAUUGGAAGGCUGCUCGAUGACGUAGUUUAAAUGAGUGCGGGCGAUAAUCGUCGCACGUGCCGCUUUUUACACGGCAAACAUGACCAUCAGGACAAAGUUGCUGUUUUUCCUCUUCGUUUCUUGCCAACUGGUCAUGUUGGUGGCUCAACUCGCUUCUUUGGCUGGUACUUACUGGACCUCUUGGCACUUCCGCUAUAACAUGACCAACGUCGAUCACUUCGGUCGCAGCCAGGAAGUCGAAUCUCGUGGACACGCUGGACUGUGGUCGAGAUGCGUGAAAAUCCGCAGAGGGAGAGAAACCAAAGAAGAAUGCUUUUAUAAUUUCGCCAACGCUACUUAUGAAUUCGGAAAAUUCUGCAAGAUCGCCACAUCCGCCGUCUGCGUUUUGCAGUCCACUCUCAAUCUGUUCCUUCUGACGGUAGUCAUAGCAACCGCAUCCCGCAAAAAUGCUGCAUCUGUCUUACGUCAUCUUCGUUCUCCACUCUUCACAUUGCAAGGUAAUUUAUGCAAAAAUUAAAUAAUAAUUGAUCGAUGCAAUUAACACACUCUUUCUGAGGGUGGAAUGUCCUUUUAUAAUUUACAAAAAGUGAUUAAUAAGACUUGUUCAAUUUUCAUUUCUCUUCUAAUUAUUAUACCAAAUUUCUGCUUUUAUUCAUGAAUAAAUUAAUACUUUCGGUGUUAGUUUUAUUUUAAUAUAAAAAAAAAUACCUCAAUGCAUCUAAAAUUUGUGUUUAAACGAAUUGUGCGUAAUUUUAUCA